UCCAUGUGUAGGCCGUGGGGUCGCAGAGUCGGAAAUGAUUGAGCGACUUUCACUUUCUGGAAAGAGUAUCUUGAACUCAUUUUUCUGGAGGGCAGUUUCACGUUAUCUGUCAAACUUUAAGCAAGUGUUGGGAGCAUAUGGCUUCGUUACAGGAAUAUGUCAGCAUUUCAUGAAGACGUAUUUAGAGCCGUGCUUUGCAGCAAUGUGAUAUCUGGAAGAGCUUACGUGUGCCAGUCAUGAUGUGGUCAAACGCGAUGUGUCACGCCCAUGCCGUGGGUUAAGGGGCCCGUGCCCGUCGGAAAGCAGCCUGUGGAACGCUGGAGGGGCUCCGGCUUCUAUUCUGCACUGCCUUGCAUUAAUGUUCCAUGCUGCGGAGGCGCCGUUUGUGAUGAUACAAAGACCAGUUAAGAGGAGGGAAAGACUAGCGUUAUGACGAUGGAGAAAGUUCCUCUUCCUGCUGCUUAUGAACACGUACUGUUGAGACUGCCACCUGUCACCCUGGACAUGAUUAUUUUCCAUUAUAGGUCAUUACUAUAAGAUGCGAGACACUGGCUAUAGAGGUAGGACACCCGCUUUGAGCAGGCCCCAGCCGCAGGCUUGGGUCUCUGGUGCUCCGACCCUUCCAUGGAGCAGCCGGAGAGGAGAGUCUCUGCAGCAGCUGACUAAGAUGAAGAGUCUACUUCUGGUCAGAAAACACGCUCACACCAGCCUCUCAGAAGACCAGACCCAAGGCUUUGUCCGAUCGGUCUGUGCUCAGCAAAGCUGAACCCCAGAGAAAGUGGAUUCCCCUGAAGCCCAACCUGGGUGUCCUUCCCGAUCAGAAAUCUAUGUCAUAAACCCAGGUCCACCUCCUCUGCCUGAAGUGCUUGCCUCUGAACACCCGAGGCCUUUGAGGUCUGGGGUUUGCUCUUUCUUCCUGUGGCUUUACCCGCCCCGAGCGGCUGUCCAGGUCUCUGUGCUGACCGUGUCAGAAAUCUCAGCGUCCCACUGGGUGACGAUGUCAUCCUUAUCAAAGGCAGUGACUCCCCAGACCUGAGACUUUCUCUGGCACUCUCAGUGACGCUGCUUUGUCCAGAAGCUGACCAGUCACCACACAGAGGAACGCACGUCUGUCUCUGUCACGUAAGCAUCAGGUUUGUCUUUAAAUUGACGCCGGGCAUGGAUUUUAAGUUGGGCAGCGGUCUUCUAGAGCCAGUUCUCCGUUUUUGCUUUUUCUCAAAAUUAAUUUCCUAAAUUUCUACUCUGUAUCGAGUAGCAAGACAGCCCAGUCUAGAGAAAUGCUGAUGUGCCAGGGACCCAUGAACCCGUACGGACUCUGGGCUCCAGAGCCAGAAAGUGGAUGCUGGAUAAUUACAGGUUUCUCGUGGAAAUGUUCUUCAUCCAAGGAGAAAAUUUCAUAUGUGCUCAUCUUGUCCAGGCUCUGCACUUGGACUCCCCAGCCACCUGUGUGACUGGGUGCUCCCCGCAGACGGUGAGUGUUUUCAGCAGAACAGCAGAGCUCUUGAGAAAGUCACUUCCCGGUUCUGUGAAACCAGACUGGCCUCACUUCUUCGAUUAUUGCAGAUUACAGUGCCUGUAAUCGCCUCCUUCAAACACCUAAGCUCUUAAACCUCCUGCCUGCGAGCCCUGCCUUAACCAUGCGCUUCCAGACAUCAUGGACAGAAGCCAGCCAACAUGGAGGAGCUGACGGAGGUGGUCACAGCGGCAGAGCCCGACCCCCUCUAGUGUUGCCUGCUCAUCCACAGCAGAGGCCGACCCCCUCCAGUGCCACAAGCCCAUCUACAGCGGAGCCUGAUCACUACCAGUGCUGCCUGCUACGUCCACGGCGGAGCCUGCCCCGCUCCAGGGCAGCGUGCUCGUCCACGGCGGAGCCUGCCCCGCUCCAGGGCAGCGUGCUCAUCCACAAUGGAGCCUGACCCCCUCCAGAGCAGCGUGCUCAUCCACGGCGGAGCCUGCCCCCCUCCAGAGCAGCGUGCUCGUCCACGGCGGAGCCUGCCCCGCUCCAGGGCAGCGUGCUCAUCCACAAUGGAGCCUGACCCCCUCCAGAGCAGCGUGCUCAUCCACGGCGGAGCCUGCCCCCCUCCAGGGCAGCGUGCUCGUCCACGGCGGAGCCUGACCCCCUCCAGGGCAGCGUGCUCGUCCACGGCGGAGCCUGACCCCCUCCAGGGCAGCGUGCUCGUCCACAAUGGAGCCUGACCCCCCUCCAGGGCAGCGUCUACAGCAGCAGCACAGGGCCGUCUGCCCCUGUGACACGCGGUCCUCCGCCCUGUGCUGCCAGCAUGCCAAGGAAGUGGAGACACUGUGUUUUCCGGUUUUGGAAGAGCCCAGCAGUAGGUCCUUCUCAGAAAUCAUCUCCUCCGUGUCCGACGUGAAAUUCAGCCGCAGCGGUCGGUACAGGAUGAGCCACGACUGCCUGUCAGUGGAGGUGUGGGGCCUCGACACGGAGCGCCGGCCCGUCGAGACCCACCGGGUCCACGAGCACCUGCGAAGCAAGCCGUGUCCACUCUGCGAAAAUGACUGCAUCUUCGAUAAUGAGUGCUGCUGGAGUGGCUCCACCAGCGCUGUCCUCACGGCCUACAACAGCUCCUCCUGGGUGUUCGACCGGUCCACCCGGAGGGUCAAGACGCCGGAGGCCUGCAGGGUGAACAGCAAGCCUUGGGCCAGCCUGCAGCCUCGCAGGGUAUAUGUGGGCGGGAGGCAGAAGGGUGAGGUGAGCGUGGGCAGCCUGGACCAGCAGGAAGACCCUGCACACGGGCACCCGGCCAAGAGUGUCAUUGCUAUGGCUGCCAUGUACACCUUCCAGGACGAGGUCAGCUACGGCGCACAGGGCCCCGCGUCUGCAGAAUCACGCCUGCUUGCUGUCGGAGCUCGGUGGCCGCCAUGCCUCUGA